GCUAGCGCGGAGCUGCACAUACAUGGCUUGUGUGACAGCAACAGGAGUUGCGCUGUAAUAUGCUGCUAGUACCACAGCGGGGAGGCUGCUGCUCCUUAUCAUGCUCUACCAGUGAAGGAACUGGACGCCUCGCUACUACUCGCGCUUUUCAGGAGAGCGCCCUUUCUAUUAGCAGCUUCAUUGGAAGAGCCCAAGGCUUCGCUCUGGCAGCGGCUCAUAUCUCUUUCUAGGAUGGCGGAGGCAGAGUUACAACGGGAGCGUUUGCAAGCCAUAGCGGAAAAAAGAAAACGACAAGCUGCUAUUGAAGACAAAAGAAGGCAGCUUGAAGACAAAAUACUCCAACUGCAACAUCUCAAGUCUAAAUCUCUUCGUGAAAAAUGGCUGAUGCAGGGAGCCCCCGCAGGAUCAUCAGAAGAGGAAGAAGCAAGAAGGAAGCAAUGUGAAGAGGAUGAACAUACACUAAAGAUACUGGAAGAAAAUGUCAAAAGACUGGAGCAGGAUAUUGGACAACUGGAGAGUGAAGAAUCACUCAUAUCUGCUAAAGAGCAAAUCCUCAGAGAAAAACUGAAAAAAACAGAAAUAUCUUUUGAAGACUUACAAAAGAGUUUGUCAAACCAGGAGAGAGAUGGUGUGAACUAUAUCUACUCUCAAAUCCCUGACCUCACAACUUUCAAUUUGCAAAAGACAGAAACAUCACUUUCUGGUAACGGAACGACAAGGGUAGCUGCCUUAUACGCCAUGGAAAUUAAUGUGGAGAAAGACAGAAAUACAGGAGAGACCAAGGUUGUCUCUGCAUCAGCCCUUGACCCAGAGGGGGUUCAUCAAAGAGGAGUAAAGGUCUAUGAUGAUGGUAACAAAGUAGUUUAUGAGGUUCACCAAGCCGGUGCUGUGGUAGAGAAUGGCAUACAUAAAUUGAGUGCAAGGGAUGUAGAUGAGCUUAUCCAGAAAAGUGCACAAUCAAACUUAAUAGGAGGUCAAGAAAAAGAAUGUUUGCCAGAGAGGACUGUUACAAUUGAGGGAAAUCCUAGUCAUGUAAUAGAGCAAAUGCACUUUAAGGAAGCAAAAUUAGAAUUGGUACACAAACCAACCAAAGGAGUGCCUGUAAAACAUGGACAGCAUGCUAGAAGCAAUGGAAAUGCAGGUACGGGUGGAACAGUAGACCAACCUGUUACAAUGAUCUUCAUGGGCUACCAAAAUAUUGAAGAUGAAGAUGAGACAAAAAAAGUGUUGGGCUAUGAUGACACCAUCAAAGCAGAACUUGUACUCAUUGAUGAAGAUGAUGAGAAGUCUUUGAGGGAGAAGACAGUGACUGAUGUGUCUACUAUGGAUGGAAAUACAGCAGAACUGGUCUCUGGGAAACUGCUCACAGAGACCACAGAGCCCUCUUCACCAGAGGGCAAGGAAGAAAGCCUUGCUACUGAACCUAUAGCAGAUGUAAAGAAGAAAACUGUACAGUUUAAAGACCCAGAUGAGAAUGAGACAGAAGGAAGCCUCUUACAGCUGAACAAACCACAAGUUCCAGAGAAUGAUUUCAACUUGAGGGACAAAGAUCAAAACAGUGCCAAUUUUUCAGACCCUGCAAGAUUUGUGAUAAGCAAGCAAACAAUGGAGAUCGAUGUUCCUGUAUCAGAGCAUAUCAUACUGAUAAACCAAGAUGAUUCAGCUGAUAAUCAGCCUGUUUUCCUUGCUGUUGUUACAAACCAGAAUGGAAUUAAGAACAGACAUGAGUCAAUUGACAGUGAUGUUGCUAAAGAGAUCCAGUAUCUAGAUGAUGUUUUGGAAGCAAACUGUUGCGAUACUUCUAUUGAUAAUAAUUUUAAUGGAACACCAUCUCCAGAACUUUGUACAAUAACAGUUGGCGAGUCCAGUUCAUUUGUUGGUGUUACAACUUCCUCUGCUUCUGUUGUAACAGAAAUCAUAGAAGAGGAGCCUAAACAAGCUCCUGUGGUAGAAAUCAGUGCCAGUGAAGUUAUGGAUCCUGUUAAAAUGAAUGGGCAUUCUCAAAGUGGAAAUAAAGAUGAACUUGUUGAUAGGUAUACAUAUCCAGCAAGUCCAAAUUCAUCUAAUAGUUCAAGAAGGCCAUCCAAGGAUGGAGAAAUUUUACCAAAAGUAAUCAAAAAAGAGGCAAAAUUUGAGUUGCGCACAUUCCAUGAAGAAAAAAAGCCAUCAAAAUUGUUUGAUGAUUUCAAUGAAAAAGAACACAUUAGAGUGAGAAAAGUCAGACCUUCCGAAGAGGUAGAGGAGUUGGAAAAGGAAAGACUUGAACUAAUCAAAAGUCAAGCCGUGAAAAAGAACCCUGGUAUUACAACAAAGUGGUGGAAUCCACCACAAGAGAAGACAAUAGAGGAUCAGUUAGAUUCAGAUCAGUUAGAGUCACAUCUAAAGUACAAAGAGCGUAAACAAAAGCUGCAGCAACAAGAAGUGUCACCUCCCGCAGUAAGAGUUAAUCAUCUUCCCCCUGUACUUUCAGAACCUCCUGAUAUUAAAAAGGAAGACAUUGUCACACAGCAAAUUGACUUUUUAGCUGCAAGAAAGCAAUUUCUGAACAUGGAAAAUACAAAUCAGCCUAACUUCAAACCCCCACCCAAAAGAUCAGUUAGUGCAAACCUUUUCACUGUAAAACCUUUUUAUAAAUCAAGUGUGGCCAGUAAAUCAUAUUCAUGUAUCACAGUGACAAAUUCAUCAGUACCACGUGUUCAGAGUAUCCAAGGUGAAACACCACUUGUAAAAGCAGAGAGAGUAAACUGUAUUUCUGAGGACCAACCAGCAAUUAAUCAUAGUCUAAGGGCAGAAACUUCUCCAGAGCCUUCAGCUGAAAAAGUAUCUAAAACAUCUGCAGAGGAAUUUGUAAGCACUACAACAAGCUUUGCUGUUUUAAAAGAAGAUGACAAUGACCUAUCAGACCGUUUUGUCAAGUCUGUCUCUGUGUCCUUCCUACCUGAGGAACAGGACUCUGGUUUAGAUGACCUGUCUGUAAAAUCUCAGGACACAACAGUUAUGGAAACACUUUCAAAUGACUUUAGCAUGGACAAUAUCAGUGACAGUGGAGCUCCUAAUGAAACCAUGGGUGCUCAACAUGAUUAUUCCCUUGGUGGCCUAUCUCAGCCCCAAACACCAGUUAAUGACACUCUAAAUGAAUACACACUAGAAGAAGGCUCUACAUCUGAUCAAGGGUUUUAUUCACCAUCAUCCAUGCUGCAUGAUAUUGAUGAUCAGUUAGAUUAUCAUGCAGGUAUUUUGGUUCAAAAUGUAAUUCAGCAAGCCUUAGCAGAGAAAGCUGGUUUCAAAGACUCUACAAAUUCUGAAGAUUCAGACAAGAGUAAUUAUUUUGAUGACAGUGAGCCAUUGACAGAGAAAAGUGACAUUUUGAGUUGUUCCUCACUACCAGUUAGCCCAGGGAGAGACCACAAUGAGGUAUUUGAGCCUCCUCAGGUUUCUUCUCCAGUCCAAGAAACAAAGGCAUUAACAAUACCAAAGACCUUUGAAGGUGAAGACUUUCAGCUACAGCAAGACAAUCCUUCUGCAAAAUGUAUUUUUGCCACUGAACAAAAUUGCACUGAAGAACAUAAGCAAGAAAGUUACUUCAGUAAGUACUCCCAAGCUGCUGAAUUGAGAAGCACUGCUUCAAUAUUGGCGACACAAGAAACAGAGAUUUCAGUUGGCCCUUUUAAACUAAGGUCAAAGAAACAAAAAACGUUAUCAAUAAUUGAAGAAGAGAUCCGAGCUGCUCAGGAGAGAGAGCAAGAGUUGAAGAAACAGAGAGAAAGACAGAACUUUCAAAGUCAGCAUAGCCCAUCCAACAAGAGUGCACCUGUACUACCAACACGAACUGUCUCCUACAAAACUGCCCCUGGAAAAAUAGAAAAGAUAAGGAAUCCAUCCUCACCCAGGGAAGAAUCUUUUCCUAUACAACCUGACCUUUUAUUAGAAGAAGCUACUGGGUCCCAGCGUCCUAGAAAUCUUAUGGAGACACUCAUGGGUGAUUAUGAAGCUCACAAAACCAAAAGACGAGACCGAAUGGAUGAUGCCAGUUACACCUGUAAAUUACUCUUUAACAGACUUACUAAUGAGGUGCUUGAUGCAGUGAGAGUGAACCGCAGAAAGAGUGCCCUUGCUGUAAAAUGGGAAGCAGGAAUAUAUGCCAAUAGAGAUGACGAUGAAUAAAGACUUAUUUUAUUUUGCCGUUUAAAUGACCAAAACCAAAAAAAACUCCAGCUAAUCAUAUAUUUAUUAAACAUGAAGCAACCUCUACAAGGCAUAUAGACAUAAUGCAGACUGCGCUUGAUAAGAGAGAUGGAGGCCUGGAGAUGGCAAUGUGCUCAGCUUAGAAGUGGAAGCUCAGGAAAUGGAAAGUUAUGUGCAGAAAAAGCAACCCUGCAACUAACCAGGGCAUAGCAUGGAUGGUGCUCAAAGCCAAAACCAGUGCAAUUGCUUCCUUCCAGAAUAUGCAGCUUGGAUUGCUUUGUUAGAAGGAUAGAGCCCUAACACAGAUUUUAAUAUCAGUGACUGCAAUUUAUUGGUGAUCAGAAUACACUUUCUUUACCUUGGGAAGAGAAGUGGACCAUUUUUAUUCGUCUGCAGCCAUGUCUUCCCACAGAGCGCAGCAUCCCUCAUUUCAAAAGUUUUAUGUUGGCUUUUUCUAGAUUUUGUUACAGGUUGUUUUGGGGACAUAUAUUUUAAAUUGCGUUAUUUUGCGAAAAAGUCUUCUGAAAACUUUUGAUUGCUUUGAUAUAUUUCUGUAAAGUACUCCAAAGCAUUGGAAAAAGAAUACUAUCUGGUUUGGUGGAUUCUGCAGUCCAAAGCCAUCUAAACAGGCAUGAACAUACUCAUUUAGUUAUUGAAAGCACAACCCCAUAAUCACUGUCCAUUCUCUGGCACAUCUGUGGCUCUCAGGGGGGAAAGGCUUAAAAAAGCUUUGCCUUUCUAGUAUUUGCAGCCUUUAGCACUGGGUCCAAAGGUAAAAUCUCAUCUGACAAGGUUUUAAAGCACAGAUACUUAUGGAAUCUAUGCUAUCUACCUUUUACUACUACAUGGGUAUUAAGGUAAAGGAGCAUUCUAAAUGAAGUCAAAGCAACUCAAGUUUAUUCAACAAAAAGUCUACUCACACGUGGGAUUUUUUUAAUAAUGACCCUUUUUCAAACAUUGGAUUAGAAAAUACAAUAUUUUGGAUAUUGAAUAGAUAUUGUAAUUGGUAUUGGCACAGAAUGUCAGGGCAGUGCUGGUGUAUUAGAAAAACAGCACCGAUACUUGUAGGGCAAAUAUAUAUAUGGUCAAGACAUAUAAUACAUGAUUUGCCUUUCUAGAUUUAGGUAACAUACUGUACAUAACAGUUUUCUGUUAUGUUGCAUAGUGGAUUUCACCUGUGUGUGUCUGCCUGGGGUUUGUGGGUCUAAAUAGUGGAAAAUAGUGGAAAUAGUGAGGAACUUUAUAGCAGCAGGCUGGGGUGAUCUCAAGUUAAAUAUCAAUAAAUUAGAAUAUAGCUCCUGCCUAUGCUGAGGAUAAGCUUGAGAAGCACAGCAUUGCAUCUAAUAGUAUUCUAUCCUUAGGGAAGCCUAUGAGUCCUUAAUGUUAAGGACAUGCAGGAAUUUGGCAGCUACCUGUCACCAUAGGGUUGUUUUGAUAUAGCAAUCCCACAUACUAGAAAGCACACUGAAAUCAUUCAUUUCAUAACAACCUAGUUUCAAUAUCUCCUCUGGCAAGAGUAACAUCUAGUUGGUAUUGCAUUAUAAUACACUUGGAUGCAUUUACAGUAGUAAGGCAGUGCAAUAAUGGCAGUGCCACAUAAUGGGAACUGUAUUCCACCAUUACAAGUAGCUUAGGGUAGAGCGUGGCCUAAUACACAUUGCUGCCCUAAGGGAGCCCCAUCACACUGUGUCCAGAUCUGCACAUUUCCUUUUCUAAUUAACUCAUACGUUUAUUUGCUGAGGAACAGGACACUAUUAAUAUUGCCAUCCUGACUCCAACUCUGAACUACUGGACUUAUCCAACCGUAAUGCUUGGGAGUGGCCAUCAUAAAUGGACGAUUUGCUGGUGGUCACAGUGCAAAAGACUGUGCAUGAAAGUGACUUUCCUGGGUCAGACUGAGGACUAAUUCAGUGCACAUAGGCAGCUGUUUUCCUUUCACUUGCUUAGCACCCUCCUAAAAUAUAUGGUUGCCUCAUACUGUUUUAUGGAGAGGGAUGUCUAUGGCAGUAACAGUGAAUGCUCUUGUGUUUUGAAGCUACCCAAAUAAAGUAUCUGCACAAGCCACAAAUGCAAAGAUAGCAAGAGAUUGUAGGAAACAGACAUGAUAUUUAUUCUUAAGGUUUUAAUUAUAAUAGUAUAUAGCAUAGAAUUUAAAGCACUAGAGUUAGCACAUUUUAUUUCUGGAGCAGAAAUUGUUCAUAUCAGAAGAAACAGGUAUCAAAAUAAAAUGUACAUUGUUCUUUUAUUUGUACCAGCAGUAAAGUAUUAGCAAUCCAGCUUCUUUAAACUACUAGUAUACAUGAAACAGUGUUAUUGACCGACUGCUCAGUAUUGUUUGGUUACAUUCCUUCUGCAGGGGCAUGUGGGCCCCAUGAAUAUAGUUACUGCCAUAUUGAGGUGUAUAACAAGUAGUUCCUCCAUUUGUUUCUUUCAUUACAAAGCACAGCAAUAAUCCUUACAAUACACUAAAUACAGUAACUGUCCCUGUUUAAUUGCCCAGAAUCCAUCAAAAGACUCUUAUAUAAUUUGGUAUUUAAUGCACUGUUUACUUAUUCUUGUUUCAUUGUUAUUGCUAUUGGGGAAAGGUUGUCCAGUAAUCUUGGCCAGAAAUCGCCAAAGAACAGCCUCUGCUAAUCUAGAGCAUUAAUCACCCCCUUACAAACUGCAUAGGCUGGGCCCCUGAUCUAGCAGCUGGAUAUACAGUAAAAAAAAUGCAGUUAUUGCAAAGGAAUUCUCAUCCUUAGUCAUACCUCCUCAUCUCAAUGUUGAAAGUCUGGUCAAUCUAAAGACCAUCUUAGUUCAUCCUCUCCCAUAUUAACCAUCAACGGCAGUGCAAGCUUUAGUUCUGCCUUAUAGAUUUCAUUGCUGACAACAAUCUCUGCUCCAUAAAUACACAACAAAUACACACCUUAGAGACAAAAGUAUACCUUGUUAACUGUCACUUAUUUUAAUAAUAACAAAUAUUAUAUAUAUAUAUAUAUAUAUCUAUAUGAUGUCCAGAAACAAUACUGCAGUGCAAUUGCUUGCUGGCUGUAGCAAUUCAGUAUAACUUCCUGCAGGAAGACAGUGUGUGAUACCAAAAAAAAAAAAAAAAAAGAGAUACUCUUGUUUUUGCAGCUACUUAUUGAUUGCAAAAAAUAUAUAAAUACAUACAGUAUGUUAAAAAAGAAGUGUUUUGCAGCAAGCUGCCAAUUAUUUCUUUUCCUUGUGUUGCAAAGCAAUAAAACAGUUAUGUAUUUGAUGGCUGAAAAGCACAUGUGACUCUGAAGCUGAAAUUCAGUAGGGUGAUCAAGUUGACAUCCCUGCUUUAAAGGAACAGUAAUGCUGGAAUUAUUGAGUGUUAGAUGUAACAUAUAGAUCAAUGCAUUUACUUUUACAUAAUGUGGAAGAAGAAAUAAGAAAAACUUACCCUUUUUCUCCUUACUUUCUCUUCUGUCUCACCAAGUGAGAGGGAAACAAAAAGGCUUUCCCCAAACCUUUAACUUUUUAGUUUAUGCUCACUGCUUUUUUUCAUAUAUGUCUUUAGCAUUUACAGUACGUAAAAGUAAAUCCACAGCCCAAUGUUCCUUUAAUUCAGAAAGAAGUAAUCAAAUGGUGGCUAUGCUUUAAUGGCAUUAAAAAAAACAGUUGCAUUUUGCUUGGCUUUAUGUUUAUGUUAACCAAUUACAAGUUAUCCAGCUUUUGUUUUAUAGUGACUAUGAGGCAUACAAUGCAAUUAUAUAAUUAUUUUCUCAUUAAAACACAAUCUUGA